GGGCGCCGCGUGCCGCGUGCCGCCGGCGGACCGGGCGCCGUCCUUCUCCGCGGGACUGCUCGGGCUCCGCAUCAAGAUUGCACAAAAACACUGAGUGUCACUCCCCAGGAGGAGGGGCUUUUGGACAUUGGAAUUGUAUAUUUCAGUGUAAAUUUUAGAAUCCAGCUUGUGGCUAGUUGGGGGAAAACGCAAGAAAGGAAACACUUGAACUACAAAUUACCUCCAUGUAUAUUAUUGGCCAUAGUUAGCUAGAACGUUAUCAAUAGACACUUGAUGCCAUCUUUUUUUCUGAGAUUAGCCAAUGGGAGCACUAACAACGUCUGGGUCACAUGCCCUUUUUGUGUUCAACACAGUGAAGAUGAUCUGCUUUUUAAAUUAAUUUAUUUACGAUAUCUAGAGCUGUGUUUUGUGCAAAAAUUAAGUGAGGAAAAGCCCUGUCUUUUGUUGUAAUCUGAAUAAUUUCUCAGGAUAUUUUUGCGCUGCUGCGAAGCAGUGCCAUUACCAAUUAAUUCUUGCCAGGAGUGAGAGAGAGCUGCGUCUCUCAUUGAACACACUCUACCUGGGGGUAUGAGCUCUUCCCUUUUGUACGGAAGACGCCUCACUGCGGUGACUACUCUGUACCUUGGUGUCCUCUAACCUUGUCUGUGAACAGGUUACUUUUCCACAUUGAUCCAUGCGUUUCAGCAGAUACUGUCUCCCAUUUUAUUACAUAUUUUAAAGCCAACUAACGAAGGCAGCUGAGUCCCUCAGAAAUUUUUCUUUUUAAAUUUCUAAUAAAUUUGACACACACACUUCUGAAAUAGGACAGCCCGUCCUUGACGGCCUGGUCAAUUAACGUUAAGUAUAUUUACAGAAUAUGCAGUUAACAUUUAUUUAUAUAUUUUGCAAGAAAUCUUUUCUGAAUGAUCAAUGCAUUUCAAUUUACGAAUACUAAUGGUUGCUGGGGAACUGUUUACUAUAGAUAAUUUUAAGGUGUAUUGCUGUUUUAAAGGGGACUCACCCACAUCAGCCAACCAGAGAAGACUGACUGAGCUGGGAUCGCGGCCGCUGGCGCUGGCGUCAUCACGCAGACUUUGCCAGACACGGGUCUGAACUGGUCACCAGGCACUUCCAGUCAGGAAUGACAUUCAGUAGGCCCUUCUCAGUGAGCAGGUUUUAAUGUUGUUUUGAUGUGAUUUUAAAAGACUUUUAGCAAACAUGCAUUUCUUUAUAUGAUAUUUCUUUCAUGAAGCUAUUUUAAAAGUGAGCCAAGUGCUGUCUGGUCUGCUAUGGAGCGGGACUGCACCGGAGCACAUGUCUGGCUGUACAGUGCCCGUCGCGUGGAGGAGGUUCUCGCGCAAAGUGUGUGCUUGAGUAUCUGACUCCACGGAGUCUGUGAUGCACCGACGUCUGUCUGUAUCCCAAGGUGACUGAACUGUCAACUCAAAUUGAAGCUACUUACUCAGUUUGUAACCAUUUUUUCACUCAUAAACAGCUACUGAACACUAGACAAUUUUGUUUUAUAUGUAUGUGUAUGUAAGUAACUACAUACAUAUUAAUUUAUAUUAGAGUGAAAAAUAAAUGGUUUGUUUCUAAAGUUAGUUUCUAAAGUGAGUUUUCAGGUGUCUCUGAAAUGUUUCUAUCAGACACUUAAUCACCAUAUAGUACGUGUGCCAUAGCGUCAUAUUACCUCUCUCUAUUUUAGGCUGUUUUCCUCACCUGUUUGUUGUAGUGAGAAUAAUUUAGGUGUACAUGCUCAGAGCUGAGAUAAAUCAGGUAAUAAAUCUAUCCAUUUGGUAGAAGUUUGCAGUAGAUGUGAUUCUAUCUAUGAGUUGCUGAGUAACAAGGAUUAAUAGGUUUUCAUUUACAUGGGGAUCAGGGAGUUUAGUGAUGCACAGCUAAAAAAUUUUAAAAAGCAGUGUAAGCUGUUGAAAUGGUAAGUGAAGUAUUUUAAUGAUUUAAGAAAAUAUUUUUAAAUUUUGACAUAGUAGUCAUUUAAUGGGAAAAAAAAACUUACCAGAAUGUCUCCACUUGGCUUAUAUUGAUGAUGUGAGACAUGAGUAAUUCAAUAUAUACAUAUACCCAUAUGUAUAUACAGAAAAUUAUUUUUAAUAUUUUCCUACUGAUAUAAAAUUUGAAAUUGAACUUUUGUGAGUGUUUUCCGUGUCCAGUAGAGCCUAAUUUUUUUUGCUUUGUUUUGUUUUUUAGUGACUUAACACUUUCUUGAGGGCUGUACCUUUCAAUUCCCAGAUUGUCAGUAGCCACGGUCAGUGUAUGGGAUGAGGUGGACACAAGCGCACAGAUAGAGAAACCUUCUCGGGAGGACUCUCACAGCCAGUCCUUGUAGAGGGCUACUUAGAGACCAUCACCUGCCAGUCAUCAUUAGCUCGUGUGCCUACUGUAGUUUUUCCAUUUCUGUAUUAUAUAAAUAAACAUUUGCAUAUUAAAAUCUGACUUUUCCCAGAGACUGGUAUUAUCUGAUGUAUCUCUGUUUCGAUGCAAAUGCGGUAAUGUAUUUCUCAGAAAAUGAUGUUGGGGACUGUAGCCUGAGCCUGUGGACUGUGCUGUGCAGGAGGAGAGCCAGUGUUGAUCCCACUGUGUAUGAGUUACGACAACAAUGGAUUCUUGUACAGAGCAAAAACUGGCAAAAAAUACAGUUUUUAUUUUGAAAUACACCUGUUCUCUGGAGAAUGUACUUUAUCCUUUUGUUUCUUCAGUCUUUUGCAGACACUUAACAGCAUUUAAGUGAUGGCAGCAGUGACUUAAACCUUACAGGUGCUACUGGAUUUUCCAUUAGUGUGCUGUGAAAUCCUGACUUUGACAUAAAAGGCUUUCUAAGUAUUUCCCGCCUGGAAAGUUGGUUUUUAUUCUCCUCUCCCCUGGUUCUUUUUGCAGACUGAGAAGAACUCACAGUCGUAUCCCGCGGCCUGUCGAAGACCCCGGCGGCACCGUCAGUCUGCUGGGGAGCUGAGCUUAGCUGUGGCUGCUUUGUCUCUUGUUUGUUUCCAGGUGGAACCACAGGGAGACUCAGAGUGAGUCACGGCAGCCACCUCGCGCUGCCCUGCUCCGUGUGCCCUUGAUCGUGUGCACCUCCCUCGUCCGUGGUUGUGUUGACCGCUGGAAGGCACGCUCGGCUGCUCUCGAUUCUCUGUGAGCUCUGGGGCGGGCAGCGGGCAGCGGGAGUGGGGGGCGCGGGCCGGGAUCUGCAUUCGCUCAGUGUCAAGUGAUCUUCAGAUUCUGAGACUCUGUGAAACCGUCUCCAUUGCGUUGUUUUCUCCUGAAUAUAUAGCUUUGUUCUUUGAUCAUUCAUGUGGUCAGUUUACAUGAAAUCUUAAAGGAGAAUGCUUUCAAGUAAGAAGUAGUGGGGAUUAACAUUAAGUUUUCUUCCCAGAGUACUCACUGUGCUAUAACUGUCAUAGAAAUAAAUUUAGUCGAAGAUUUUUUAAGAUUUACUUAUGUAUUUAAAAGGCAGAGUGACAGAGACUUUUUCCACCUGCUGGCUGACGCCCCAAAUGCCACAACCUUCAGAGUGGGCCAGGCUGCAACCAGAAGCCGGGGAUUCCACCAGGGUCUCCCGCGUGGGUGGUACCAGGGUCUCCCGCGUGGGUGGCGGGAACUCAAGCACAUGAGGCGUCAUCCCCUGCCUCCCAGGGGUGUGAGCAGGGCGCUGGAUCAGAAGCAGAGCAACUGGGACUUGAACUGGCACUGCAACGUGGAAUACAGGCGUCUGACCUUAAGUUUUGGUGUGUGUGUGGUUUUUUUUUUUUUAAAGAUUUAUUUAUUUAUGUGAAAGAGUUACACAGAGAGAGAAGGAAAAGCAGAGAGAGAGAGAGAGGUCUUCCAUCCACUGGUUCACACCCAAUUGGCUACAACAGCUGGAGCUGCGGUGAUCGGAAGCCAGGAACCAGGAGUUUGCUCCAGGUCUCCCACGCGGGUGCAGGGGCCCAAGAUUUGGGCCAUCUUCCACUGCCUUCCCAGGCCACAGCAGAGAGCUGGAUCGGAAGUGAAGCAGCCGGGACUCGAAUGGGUGCCCAUAUAGGAUGCUAGCACUGUAGGCAACAGCUUUACCAGCUACACCACAGCGCAUCCCCAAGUUUUUGUUAAAAAAAAAAUUAUUUGUUUGACAGGCAGAGUUACAGAGAGGCAGAGGCAAAGAGAUAGAGGUCUCUCUUCCACUGGUUCACUCCCCAGAUGGCCGCAACGGCUGGAGCUGGGCCAAUCCGAAGCAGGUGCCAGGCGUUCCCUCUCAGUCUCCCAAGCAGGUGCAGGGGCCCGAGUACUUGGGCAUCUUCCGCUGCUUUCCCAGGCCACAGCAGGGAGCUGGAUCAGAAGUGGAGCAGCCGGGUGUCAAACCGGCUGCCACAUGGGCUGCUGGCACUGCAGACGGCUUUACCCACUACGCACAGCGCCAGCCCCAGACCUCAAGUUUUUAAAGACCGUUUUUCUUUGUAGGACACUGAUACAUAAAUACUGUACAAAUAGAAGCCAUUCUGUUAAAGAAAUGAAUACUGUGCAUUUUUUGUUUACAUAAAUUAGUAAAAUAGCCAACAGAUUUAUCAAAGAAAACUCGAAUCAGCACUACCCUGCCUAGUGAUUUCUGUAUAGCGCGACUGGAGAAGCACAUUGUAAAGCUUUUGACCAUGAUUGGCGUUGUGGCACAGUGGGUUAAACCGCAGUCCAGCCUGCAAUGCCAGCAUCCCAUAUGAGCACCGGUUUGAGUUUCGGCUGUUCCGCUCUGACCUGGUUUCCUGCUAAUACACCUGGGAAAGCAGCCGACGAUGAUCCAAGUACUUGGGCCCCUGCCACCCACUUGGAAGACGUAGAUGGAGUCCCAGGCUCCCGGCUUCAGCCUGGCCCAGCCUUGACCAUUGAGGCCAUUUGGGGAGUGAACCAGUCCAGUGGAUGGACGAUCUCUUGCUGUCUGGCUGGCCCUCUGUGUGUGUAACUCUGUUUCAGUAUAAAUACGUCUUAAAACAGAAACUGUACGUACCAAAAAUAAGUGGUCAGGGAGAGAAAUCGCCUUUGUGACAGGAUAGACCCCCGCAGACUCCCACUGGGAGCCCACUGGGUCCCCUGUCCUGUAAGGAGCCUUCUGUCUCAGACGAAAGGACGCGUCUGUGGUGCGAGAGUAUUUCUAGGUACGGGGAGGAUGUGUUUUUGAAAGCACAAAGAAUAGCAACGUGUGACUUCUGUUUUUACCCACAGCCGAGACAGGCCGCAGGGCGCUCCCCAGCCGUUUUCCUAUUUGCUGCUGGGUCUACCGACACCCGUUGGGGUUGCCCUGAUGAGUGUGAGUUCUCAGGAGCCCCUGGCUCUUGUCGGGGUCUAACAACGUGAAACCCGACAUGCCGGACCCCUCGUUCCGCGGCACUGUGACCAGUCUUCCGCUACCGUGGUGUCGGAUGUCCCCCAGGGUACAAACGUGCCCUGGUGUUGGGCCCUGCUGAAUGCAGUCAAGGCCAUUUCUUGCCACAGAGAAACGUGUGUGAGUGUCUGCUGUCACCGUGACUGUCCCUGCUGUCACAUCUCACUGUGUCACAGAUACGCUUGGAAAGUUCACAUCGCCUGCUCACCCCGCCUUCCCACGCUGAAGUCCGCUUGCUUCUGCACGGGUCCUUAGCGUGUUGGGCGGAUCCGUGUGGUCUGUGGGCCUGGGUGCCUGCUGGUGGGAAGUGACUGUCGCCGGGGCAGGGCUGGCAGGCAGGCGGCCGGCGCCAGCACUUCCUCCCCAGCCUCAGUGCGGACCGUGUGAGAGGCCCCGCAGUGGACGCCUGCCGCGUUAUUUCUCGGGGUGACACUUUGGAGGGGGCGGCGCUGACGGGGAACAGGUCACGGCAGUGCUGCGCUGCCAGUGCUCCGGGCAGAGGGCGAGGAUCUUGCUCCUGUGUCGGGCAUCGUUUUCCUUAGGACGUGUGUGCUUUGCACCUCUGGCCCAUUAGGGCGCUUCCUGAUAGCACAGUUGUAAACGAUACUUCGUUUGCAGGUGUGGUAUCAAUGAAAUGGGUUUUAAUCCCGAUGUUAUGAAAGCUUACCGACUUCCAGUAAUCUAACAAAACUAAGUAAUUGUUCAUGUGCAGGAUUUCAGACUGUAAAAUAUGAUUGGCAAGCAGAGCGCUCACCUCCGGAGUGGCCUAGUGAGACGGGCUGGGCCUGCGUACAACCAUCGCCCCGCUCCGGGCCGCCCUGGAGCAGGGUGUGGGUUUGUGGUCAGUGCAGGGUCCACAGAAGGUUCCGAGGCAGCCACGGGAGAAGCUGGUGGCUUUUGGGUCUUUACGUGGAUAGGCAAGGGCGAUCGGGUGACAACGCUGUAAAAUCCCUACCGGAGCAGACAUUCGGUGACUGACGCAUCUGAGAAUGAGGGUGUAAAAAUGCAUCAAAUUGUUGGCUUCUCUUUUUACCAUUAAAUUUCCACUUGAACGACUUGUAAGAGUAUGAUUUAGUGAACUGACAGUGUUGCGUAGCUGUCACCACGGAUUUUCCGAAGCUUUGCUCAUCCCGGACAGACGCUCCUUGCCCAUUUGGAAACAGCUGUCCUCUCCCCCCGCAGCCCCUGUUCUGCUCUGUGGCUCUCGGAAUUCCUCCGUAAACGGAGUCACAGUUCAUCUCUGUCUGGCUUCUGUCACCUAGUACAGUGUUUCAGCUUCCCCCGGACUGUGGCGCGUGUCAGCGUCUCAUUCCUUUUUGAGCCUGAGUAAUACUCCACUGUGUGAUAUUCCGCGUCUGUGCAGCCGUCCGUCUGGCGGUGGCCACUGGUGUGUCCGCUGCGUUGGGCUGCUGUGGCCAUCUGUGCCUGUGUGUGGGCGUCCCUGUUUUCCCUUCCCUUGCGUGUCAGGGCCAUUGCUGGACUGGGUGGACGACCCUGGGUCUGACUUCGGGCAGCUGUGGGAGGGGCGACCUGAAUCGGGCAGCCCUGGGCCAAGGUGCCAGCUCCCCGGGAAGCUGCAGCCUCAGGUUCGUGCUCUGUGCUUGCGGCCAGCGCGUGGGCACUGGUCCUGGGAGUCUUCCUGCUGCUCACUCCGGCCGUGCGUGCCGAGCACCUGCUACGUCCCGGGUGCCGUCUGGAAGAGCCCUGGCUCACUGUGCAGUGUGGGGGCGGGGGUUACCCUGCUACGUUGUGAUAUGUCGGUGCCUGGACGGUGGGGGAGCAGGGCACAGAGGACAGGAACUCGCACGGAGGGCGAGGCCUGCCUGAGGCUUCAGGGAAGGAGGAACGAAGGGGUUGCAGAGUCGGCCAUGUGCAAAGGAAGGGCCGUGUGCAAAGGAAGGGCCGUGUGCAAAGGAAGGGCGUGUAGGAGGUCAGCCCAGGGCGGGCAGGAGGCAGGCACGAAAGUUGGCCAGUUGGCACCUAGCAACCUGCGCGGUGAUGGGAAGAAUAUGGUGGCUGGUUUUCCUUUUCACAUGGUAUCGGGUCGUUGAGUUUCUCUCUUCUCCCUCCCCUCCUUUUUUUAGACAAGAGCUUGCUGAUGAUACAAGUGGCUCCUACGUGCUGUCGUUACAUAAACACUCGACCGUGCAGAGCAAGCACAAGUCCCCGGGACACGGCAUUUCCAUCCCAGACCUCAGCACCCCCACCCUCCUGUGUCGUGUGUGUGUAUCCCAGACUCAGCACCCUCACCCUCCUGUGUCGUGUGUACAUGUGUGUGCAUGUAUGUGUGUGGGUCCCAGAUCUCAUCACCCUCCUACGUCGAGUAUGUGUGUGUGCGUGUCCCAGACCCCAUCACCCUCCUGUCAUGUGUGUGCGUGUGUGUGUAUCCCAGACCUCAGAACCCUCACCCUCCUGUGUUGUGUGCAUGUGUGUGUCCCAGACCCCACCACUCUCCUGUGUCGAGUGUGUGUGUGUCCCAGACCCCACCACUUUCCUGUGUCGAGUGUGUGUGUGUCCCAGACCCCACCACUCUCCUGUAUGUCAUGUGUGCGUGUAUCCCAGACCCCACCACUCUCCUGUAUGUGUCAUGUGUGUGUGUCCCAGACCCCACCACUCUCCUGUGUCUAGUGUGUGUGUGUCCCAGACCCCACCAUUCUCCUGUGUCGAGUGUGUGUGUAUCCCAGACCCCACCACUCUCCUGUGUCAUGUGUGUGUGUCCCAGACCCCACCACUCUCCUGUAUGUGUCAUGUGUGCAUAUGUGUGUGUGUGUCCCAGACCCCACCACUCUCCUGUAUGUGUCAUGUGUGUGUGUCCCAGACCCCACCACUCUCCUGUAUGUGUCAUGUGUGUGUGUCCCAGACCCCACCACUCUCCUGUAUGUGUCAUGUGUGUGUGUCCCAGACCCCACCACUCUCCUGUGUCGAGUGUGUGUGUGUGUGGCGUUCAUAUACAGAUAUAUACAAAUCUGCCUAUUCAGUGGCACUACGUAGUAUUGAGGGAGGGGGUGACCCAAAUGGCAUGAUGAGAAGUCUCGUUCUACAAUUUUUUGCUCAAGUUAUUGGAGGAGAGAUGCCCCUUGGUGCACGCGGGUUAUUUCUCUUCGGCCCUGCGGACCACGCCGCGCUGUGGUGUGCUGAUGCGAGGGUUUCCAUGUGUAGUCUUGGCUUCUCUGUCCUGGGUGCUCGGCGCUCGCUGGCACGCAGUCACUCAGCCGCACAGCACCGCUUGCCGCCCGUCGUGGUGGGAAUGGCCUGCGUGGACUCACCUUCCUGAAGGCCCGAGUUACGGGAAGGAGCGUCCGCGUCACCCAGCGGCUGUCGGAGCGCCUACAAACUCCAUCCAGCAGCGCGCUCUGCAGUGGCUGCCCGGUGACUGUGGAAGGACUGAACCUUAGAGGCCGCCUUAGGACAAGGACCCGCGACGCGGAGCUCCGCUCGCCCGCCCAGCAGCCGCCGUGCAGGGCCGCUGUCUGAGCCCAGCGCAAGCCCAGGGGAGCGCCGAGGCGAGGAUGGCGGAACACCGCAGCCGCUGCACCUCCCAGCCGAGGCAGACGGGAAGGAAGCGCGGUGUGGAGACGCCUGAGCUGAGAGGCAGCCAGGCGAGGCCCCCGCUCCGACGCCGGCUUUCGGUCCAGCGAACCAUCCCGUGAGCACCUUCAGGGCCACGAGGCUGGGCAGUGGGAGGGGACGCUGGAGGACGGUGCGGCCUCUUAGCAGCGUACGGUCCAGUGAGCGGAGGGCACGUGGUAGCCAGGAGCUGCAGCCGGUCGGAGUGCCCGGGGUCCUGCCUCUGCCUCCUGUCACUCCCCGCCAGUGCAGCAGGGAGGCAGCUGGCGACGGCCCAAGUGCUUGGGUCCCUGCUGCCCACGGGGAGGUCCGGGCUUCAGCCUGGCCCAGCCCUGCCUGUUGUAGACAUCUGGGCAGUGAACCAGCAGAUGGAAGAUCCCCUCUCCAGGGCUCUUUGUAACAAGUAAACUUUUCUUUUUAAAGAGCUGCAGAUAGCAGUGCCGUUGUGAAGGGGAGGAGCCGUGGGAGCUGGCCACGCUCAUGGAGGAGGGGUGUUGGAACUGAGAGGGACAGGAGUCGAUCCCCCUGGAAGACUCCGGUGCUGGAGGCCAGCGAGCCGCAGGGCCCCUGCAGGCGGCAUGGACGAGUUCCAGAUCGGAUGUCUCGUGUCCUGGGCAGCUCUCGCCCUCCCAGAGGUCGUGGAAGGCACUGACCUCCUUGAAGAAGAGUAGAAACAUGGUUGAUUGACAUGGAGACAAAAAACUGGGAAAAAUUGUGCCAAGGCCAGAUGCCAGUGGGGCCUGUGCUGGGCCUCCGGUGACGCCAGCGUCCCAGACGUGUCCCAGCUGCUCCACUCCCAUCGAGCGCUGACAGCCUGGGCAAGCAGCAGAGGACGGCCCAGGUGCCUGGGCCCCUGCGCUCGCAAGGGAGCCCUGGAAGAAGCUCCUGGCUCCUGGCUUCAGCCUGGCCCAGCCCUGGCUCUGCUGGCCACUGGGCAGUGAACCAGCAGAUGGAAGGCCUCUCUCCCUGCCUCUCUGUACCUCUGCCCUUCACAUGAGUAAAUAAAUCUUUAAAAGCAAAAACCAGCGACAUCAGAAACAACAAAGACUGCCAGCAGACUCUUCCUGGAUGUGGCAGCCCAGGUGGGCUACGGGACAUUUCUUCCUGGAUUGUGGCAGUCCAGGUGGGCUACGGGACAUUUCUUCAUGGAUUGUGGCAGUCCAGGUGGGCUACGGGACAUUUCUUCCUGGAUUGUGGCAGUCCAGGUGGGCUACGGGACAUUUCUUCCUGGAUUGUGGCAGUCCAGGUGGGCUACGGGACAUUUCUUCAUGGGUUGUGGCAGUCCAGGUGGGCUACGGGACAUUUCUUCCUGGAUUGUGGCAGUCCAGGUGGGCUACGGGACAUUUCUUCCUGCAUUGUGGCAGUCCAGGUGGGCUACGGGACAUUUCUUCAUGGGUUGUGGCAGUCCAGGUGGGCUACGGGACAUUUCUUCAUGGGUUGUGGCAGUCCAGGUGGGCUACGGGACAUUUCUUCCUGCAUUGUGGCAGUCCAGGUGGGCUACGGGACAUUUCUUGCUGGAUUGUGGCAGUCCAGGUGGGCUACAGGACAUUUCUUCAUGGGUUGUGGCAGUCCAGGUGGGCUACGGGACAUUUCUUCCUGGAUUGUGGCAGUCCAGGUGGGCUACGGGACAUUUCUUCAUGGGUUGUGGCAGUCCAGGUGGGCUACGGGACAUUUCUUCAUGGGUUGUGGCAGUCCAGGUGGGCUACGGGACAUUUCUUCCUGGAUUGUGGCAGUCCAGGUGGGCUACAGGACAUUUCUUCCUGGAUUGUGGCAGUCCAGGUGGGCUACGGGACAUUUCUUGCUGGAUUGUGGCCGUCCAGGUGGGCUACGGGGCAUUUCUUGCUGGAUUGUGGCCGUCCGGGUGGGCUGCGGGCAGCUGGCAGUGAUGAACAGCAGAGUAACACAGGCAGGCGAGGUCAUGCACCUGCCUUGGCAUUGCUCUACCUUUCUCUUCCCCACCGCGGUUGGGUGUCUGGCACACCUUCAGGGUUUGGUGUUCGUGCAGUAAUGAAACAGUUGGUUCUCUACUUACGAGCCUCCCGCCUUCAAGAUUUGUUUUAAUUUAAACUCUGUUGGGACCACUGUUGUGGGGUAGCGGGAUAAGCCGCCAUCUGUGACGCUAGGACCCCACGUGAGCACCGGUUCGAGUCCCAGCUGCUCCACCUCUCAUCCAGCUCCCUCCUAACGUGCCUGGGAAAGCAGGGGGCGAUGACCCAAGGGUUGGGCCCCUGCGCCCACGUGGGAGAGCCCUGUGGUUGGGCCCCUGCGCCCACGUGGGAGAGCCCUGUGGUUGGGCCCCUGCGCCCACGUGGGAGAGCCCUGUGGUUGGGCCCCUGCGCCCACGUGGGAGAGCCAGAUGGUGUUCCUGGGCCAUCCUGGCAGCGAACGAGCAGAUAGAAGAGCUCUAACUCUGCCUUUCAAAAAGAGUCUAAAAACAUAGAUUUGUGUAUUUACCUGAAGGGCAGAGCGCUAAGGGAUGACCUAUCCACUGCUUCACCCCCCCAAAUGGCCAUACAGCUGGGACCCUGGAACCCCAUCCAGGUCUCCCCCGUGUUCGAUGGGGCCCGAGCACUGGAACCAUCAUCCGCCCUCCCGGGCACAUUAGGGAGCUGGAUGGGUGCUCCGACUGGGGCUGUGGGCAGCCCAAGCACGACUUGCCGGCUCGGGCACCACAGCGCCAGCCCUAGAGGUCAGAUUCUUGAAGAUGGUGCUGAAGGGAAACAGAGUGGGGUAGGCAUCAUCAGGGAGGGCUUCUCCUCGGGACAGACCCCAGAGCAGGUGCUUGGAUGGCCCCAGAGAACGGAUGCCAGGGCUCUGGGCGCGCUCUGCACGGGCUGGCCAGGUGCAGCCCGAGGCCUUGAGCGCAGAUCCGGCUGCAGGCUCCCUGAAGAUGCCGCAGCCCGGCUGGGCCCUGGGGAGACGGCAGUGAGCACUCGGAGCGCCCCUGUGAACCGGGGCCCCAGGCCUCGUGAGUUGGUGCCGGCUGACAACCACUGUGGGACUUGGAAAGCCCACAGCAAGGUGGAAAUGACCAUGUUCAAGUUCCAUUUUUUUUUUUAAUUUAUUCAAAAGGCAGAGUAAGAGAGGCAGACAGAUGUUUCCAUCUGCUCGUUCACUCCCCACUCCCCAAAUGGCCACAAUGGCUGGGCCUGAGCUGAUCCGAAGCCAGGAGCCAGGAGCUUCUUCUGGGUCUCCCAGGUGGGUGCAGGGUCCCAAGCACUUGGGCCAUCUUCCACUGCUUUCCCAGGCCACAGCAGAGAGCUGGAUCGGAAGUGGAGCAGCCAGGACCUGAACGAGCGCCCACAUGGGAUGCCAGCCUGCUAGCAGUGGCUUCACCUGCUGCACCACAGUGCUGGCCCCCAAUUCCAUUCCAUUUUGCAUUUGCAGAAGUGGCGUGGGAUCCCUGUGGGGUGGGAGCCUCCUGAUGUCACAGCUGUGAGCUGGCUGUGGCCAUAGCAGGCAUCUUAUGUAGAGCACUUGUCCUCACCGCCCAUCCUGGUCCAAGGGGAGUCGGUCACGCCAGCGAAUUCGGCCUUUCUGGAAACAGUGGACGCUCAGCCCACGCGGCUCUAGGUCUCGGACCACGGUUGGGCAGGCCCGGGCCUGGGCAGGACGCCCUUGUGGGCCGCACGUCUGCACAGCCAGAUCACAGCCGCGCUGGGGCGUCGGGGCAAGGCAGAACUGACAGCCGUGUCGCGGAGCGGUGUGCCCAGCUGUGGGCCGCCCGCUGUGCAGGUCUCCCAGAUGGCUGGGGUGCUGACUCCGGGCCUCCGGUUUGUGGGGGCCGCCCUGCACCCCCAGGGGCUGACAGCUCUGCCAGGGUUCUCGGCCCUCCCCUGACUGCAGCACACGCCGUCUGUCUCGGGCAUGGUGGCUACUGCACGGGUGGAGCCUGGGUGCCCAGCGUGAGGGUGGAGCGCAGGCCGUCUGUGUGUCCGCAGUGGUGUCCUGGGGGCGGCCGUGGGUGCUGGGAAUGGGGUCCUGGCUGUGGGGCAGGCGGGUGACAGAGCUGCUGACUCAGCUGCGGGCUGCUUGGAUCUCUGUAGGGGUGAGGCAGGCAGGAACGUUCUAGAAAACCCUCCGUGGCCCAGAGACGUGGCUGUCCUGUGAGUGACAGGGUGGGUCCCCGCCACGGCCUCGUCCCCCAGCCGUCCCCACGUGGUGGGUUGUGCCUGCCUUUGGGCACCGGAUUCAUAGCUUCCUCCUCUGCGUUUCGUUUAUUUGCAGCCUUCUGUUUACCUGCUGGGACGACAGCUGCUGUUAGAGCGCCCGCCCUUGGCUGCUGCUGGUCGCACGUGGCUGUAGUGCCUGGCCUCUCCCUCCUUUCUCACGCCCCGGAAGCACUCAUGGACUCCCCUGCGCUCCUUCUGGGCCCUGCCCCGUCGCCGCCCACGCUGGGGAUGUCCGGGUUGCCGGGGUCUCUGUCCUGAGCAUCAGCUGCAGUUUCUCUGGGUAAGUCCCUCCUCCCGAGCGCCCCUGCGGCUCAGGUUUCUCAGGCCCCACUAGGCCUGCAGAUGCCGUCUAGCGCCUGACGUUUCUGGUCAACUGGCGAGGGGUUUUCGUGUGUGGGUCAGCUGCUGUCACUCCGCAGGGAGGGGCUGGCCACACACACACACACACACACACACACGGCUUGGUCAAGGGCCAGGGAGAGGCCGGGAUCCCGGGGGCCUCCUGAAGGAAGACGCCCGUAGUCUCCCGAGUGCUCAGCACCCGGAGCUCGGGAUCUGGGCUCCGGAGUCCGAGCCUUCCUGGUGCCUUGCAGUGGGCGAGGGCAGCAGGUGGGGUCUCCUGCUUGUCUCGCUUGCUCCCCUUCCCACCCGUCCCCACCCCCACGUUGCAGGGUGCAGGCCGGGCACCAGCCACGCCUUGGGUCUUAGGGGCGCUGCCCUCCUGUUGCCCUGUUCCACGGGAGGGCUUUGCAAGGAUGCCAGAAAACCAUGUUGGUUGGAUGGUCUGAAAUUCCUAUUUUAUAUAUUUGAAAGGCAGAGUUCCACAAAGAUCUUCCACCCACUGGUGAACUCCCCAAAUGGCCACAGUGGCCAGGGCUGGGCCGAUCCCAUCUGAAGCCAGGAGCUUCUUCUGGGUCUCCCGCUGGGAUGCAGAGGACCAAGCCCUUGGGCCACCUUCUGCUUUCCCAGGCACAUCGGCAGGGAGCUGGGUCGGGGGAGCUGGACUGCCAGAUGCCAGUGCCAUGGGCAUGAGCUUCACCACAGCGCCGAUCCUAAACGGAGUUUCAAACCACCCGGUCCACUCCUCACUGUGCCUCAUCUUUCUGGAACUGCUGGAUUUUUUCUUCAUUUUUCAGUCGCACCCCGUUCCUUCUACAAAGACCAAGCAGGAAGGUAAAGGCUUAUUUAAAAUGCGCCCUAUCGAGUAACACCAAGUUCGUGCGUGUGACCGAAUCGGGAGUCCCCAGGGCCUCUAACGAACGAACCAUUUUGCUUCACUUAGGUGAGAGGCAGCUCCCCUACUGCGGCCUCCCAGGCAGCCCGUGCACCUGCACACAGGCACUCCGUUGUGGACUGCGGGGGCCAAUGCCUGCCUCCCUCCCCUGGUCGUCCCGCCCACCAGGAAAGAUUCAUUUCAAAGAGGAUUACAGAAAGGGGGUGGGAUGGUGGGGGAAGAGUCCACCUGCUGGCUCACUCCCUGAAUAGCCUCGUCCGUAGGGGUGGGCCAGGCUGAAGCCAGGAGCCAGGAGCUCAUCCGGGUCAGGUGGAGGCUCAGGGACUGCACCAUCCUCCCUGCUUUCCCAGGGUCACUGGAAGGAGCUUUAUUGGAAGGGGAGCCCCCUAUGGAUGGCAGCAGUGUAACCCACUGUGCCACGACCCCCCGUGUCUUAAGAAAAAGUCUGCACGUGUUGAUUUUUCAGAACGCUUCAGCAGUAUGUAGUCGCGGAGGCUUUUGCUUCUAAGGCUCUCUGUGCGUCAUUCUGGCUUCUUGUCUAAAGGAGUAAUAGGCCGUAUUCAGGAUGUGCCACGAAGACUUGAGUGCACUUCAAAUGUGUCUGGGUCUCCAACGUGUUCAUGGAAGUUCCAGCAUGAAAAAACUACGCGUGGGGGCCAGGGCCUGCAGUGUGGGCAUGCCAUAUGGUCACUGGUUCAAGUCCCGGCUGCUCCACUUCCAGUCCCGCUCCCUGCCAGUGCACCUGGGAACGCAGUGGAAGAUGGCCCAACCCACGUGGGAGACCUGGAAGAAGCUCCUGGCUUUGGAUCGGCCCAGCUCCAGCUGUUGUGGCCAUUUGGUUGGUGAACUAGUGGAUGGAAGAUCUGUCUCUCCCUCUGUAACUACCUCUCAAAUAAAACUCUUUAACUUGUAUUUUCUGCCGAGCGUGCCCCAGUUCCUUUAGGUACCAGCGGGAGGCGACGCCCUUACUCCACUCCCUGGACAGGCGGUCACCCAGGAAACCGCAUCUUAGGGCCCACAGCGCUGGGAGCCAGGGCCUCUCCGCAGGACCACCGCCGUGGGCCCCCUCCCUGACGCACGGCACAUGCUGUGGUGCCGAGUCCCACGGAGCAGCUGUCUAGAAGCAGCCCAUCGAGGGACUUGAUUAAACAAAAGCGUUUCCGUGCGGUGUAACUCACACUGUACCUGCAGCCGCCCCCGCCCACCCCCGCUGUCCAGAAAGCACCGGGACGAGCCCACCAGAACUGCGGCCACCGAGCCACCUGUGUUAAUUCAAAUAAAUAUCUUUAUUGAAGAAAA